GAGCCGGAGGUGGCGGUGGUCGGGGAGCCCAUGGCGUACAGUCAGGGAGGCGGCAAGAAGAAAGUCUGCUACUACUACGAUGGUGAUAUUGGAAAUUAUUAUUACGGACAGGGUCAUCCCAUGAAACCUCAUAGGAUCCGCAUGACCCAUAACUUGCUGCUAAAUUAUGGCUUGUAUAGAAAAAUGGAAAUAUAUAGGCCCCAUAAAGCCAAUGCUGAAGAAAUGACAAAAUACCACAGCGAUGAGUACAUCAAAUUUCUACGUUCAGUGGUGCUACAGUGUGGUGCAGACUCACUAUCCGGUGAUAGACUUGGUUGCUUCAAUUUGACAGUCAAAGGUCAUGCUAAAUGUGUAGAAGUUGUAAAAACUUUCAAUUUACCAUUACUGAUGCUUGGGGGAGGUGGAUACACAAUCUGCCAUGUUGCUCGAUGUUGGACAUAUGAGACUGCUGUUGCCCUUGAUUGUGAGAUUCCCAAUGAAUUGCCAUAUAACGAUUACUUUGAGUAUUUUGGACCAGACUUCAAACUGCAUAUUAGUCCUUCAAACAUGACAAACCAGAACACUCCAGAAUAUAUGGAAAAGAUAAAACAGCAUUUAUUUGAAAAUUUACGCAUGUUGCCACAUGCAACUGGCGUCCAAAUGCAAGCUAUUCCAGAAGAUGCAGUUCACGAAGACAGCGGAGAUGAAGAUGGAGAAGAUCCAGACAAGAGAAUUUCUAUUCGAGCAUCAGACAAACGGAUAGCUUGUGAUGAAGAAUUCUCAGAUUCUGAGGACGAAGGAGAGGGAGGUCGUAGAAAUGUGGCUGAUCAUAAGAAAGGAGCAAAGAAAGCUAGAAUUGAAGAAGACAAGAAGGAAAUGGAGGACAAAAAAACAGGUGUUAAAGAAGAAGAUAAAUCCAAGGAUAAUAGUGGUGAAAAAACAGGUACCAAAGGAGCCAAAUCAGAGCAGCUCAGCAACCCUUGAAUUUGAGAGUCUCAUCACUUUCAGUGAGAAAAUAUUGGGAAGAAAAAUGUUUUCUUUUCAAAGACUUCUGGCUUCAUUUUAUACUACUUUGGCAUGGACUGUAUUUAUUUUCAAAAUGGCUUUUUUGGGUUUGUUUUUCUUGGCAAGUUUUAUUGUGAGUUUUCUAAUUAUGAAGCAAAAUUUCUUUUCUCCACCAUGCUUUAUGUGAUAGUAUUUAAAACUGAUGUGUUAUUAUGUCAAAAAACUGCUCUAUUAAAGAAGUAGUUGGCCUUUCUGAGCUGAUUUUUCCAUCUUUUGUAAUUAUCUUUAUUAAAAAAUUGUACUUGGA